CAUUUCUACUAUUUUAGUUUGUCAAUUGAACAGUGGAAGAUGUCGGGAUCGCUGCCAGCCACAUUUGUCAAGGGCUUCCACAAUGAGGAGCUGGUGCGUCGUAUGGAGUACCGUCAACUGGGCUCCACGGGACUGCGAGUCUCGAAAAUCGCCUUGGGAGGAGCCACCCUCUCGAAACUCUUCUCCGACGACUUUGAUCGGGAGGAGGGUAUUCGCACGGUCCAGGAGGCCAUUAGAUCCGGGAUCAACUACAUAGACACAGCCCCUUUUUAUGGUCAAGGCAAGUCGGAGGAGCUGCUCGGCCAGGCGCUGAAGGAUGUUCCCAGGGAAGCCUACUAUAUAGCCACCAAAGUGGCGCGGUACGAAUUGGAUCCCGAGAAGAUGUUCGAUUAUACGGCUGCCAAGGCCCGGGAGAGUGUGAAAAAGAGUCUGGAGUUGCUAGGAUUGGAGCGAGUGGAUGUUCUACAGGUUCACGAUGUGGACGCCGCACCAAGUCUGGACAUCGUGCUAAACGAGACCAUUCCCGUUCUUGAAGAGUACGUUCGGGCAGGAAAGGCCCGGUUCAUCGGGAUCACCGCCUACGACGUGGACGUGCUGAAGGAGUGCGCCGAACGGGGCAAGGGUCGCAUCCAGGUGGUGCUCAACUAUGCCCGCUACACCCUGUUGGACAACACCCUGUUGCGUCACAUGAAGGCCUUCCAGGAACUGGGCGUGGGCAUCGUGUGUGCCGCCGCCCACUCGCUGGGACUGCUGAGCAACGCUGGACCUCAGUCCUGGCAUCCCGGCAGUCCGGAACUCCUGGCGGUGGGCAAACGGGGAGCCGAGAUCUGCCAACAGAGGAACGUGGAGCUGGGAAAACUGGCCAUGUACUAUUCAAUGCAACUCGAUGGGGCGGCCACCUUCCUCAUCGGGAUCCCCAAUCGAGAGCUGCUGCGGAUUAACUUGGACGCCGUCUUCGAUGGACUCACUCCCCAUGAACAGGAAGUGCUGCAGUACCUGCGCGAAAACGUUUUCACAAAGUCCUAUAGCUGGGGCUCCACUUUGUCCACGGUUAACAUGUUCAAAUGAGGGGACACUCAAAAUGGAUAGCCGAACUUGGGCUUUAAACGACAAGGAAGUCAUCGGAAAAUGCAGGAAGAAUUUAAAAUUAACAUUAAUAUAUGUAAAAAGUUAUGGAAAUAAAAAUUAUUAAAAAUUAAAUAGCUUAGAAAAA